AUGGGGGAUCCUCCGCAGGGCCGGGGGGCGGCCGGGGGUCGGGGCGCCGCGCCGGGGGGUCCUGGGGGCCGCGGCCCUACGGGGAGAUCGAGCGGCCGUGCUGUGGGGCAGAGCAAGGAGAGGAUGAAGGAGGGGAAGGAGAAGGACGCGCGCUACACCAACGGGCACCUCUUCACCACCAUCACCGUGUCGGGGAUGACCAUGUGCUUCGCCUGCAACAAGAGCAUCACCGCCAAGGAGGCCCUCAUCUGCCCCACCUGCAAUGUCACCAUCCACAACCGCUGCAAGGACACGCUGCCCAACUGCACCAAGGUGAAGCAGAAGCAGCAGAAGGCGGCGCUGCUGAAGAACAGCACAGCACUGCAGUCGGUGUCACUGCGCAACAAGAGUGAGUGGGGGGCGGCGGGGGGGGGGGACGACCCUCCAUAA